GCUCAGGAAAUUGUAUCUCUGCUUCUUAUUAUUGUUCUGGCAAAGGAUCGUAUGCGUCCAAUAUUUACGAAUGCAUUUUCCAAGUUAGUAAAUCCGGAGAAUCCAGAUAUAUUGCAUAUCGACUUUUCAGCUCCAUUAGAGAAUGGUUCAGAAACCUUUAUCAGAUCCCAGUUUAAAGAAGACAUUUUAGCAAAAUGCGCAUUGGAAAUUGAACCUAAGACUUCUUUUACUGGAUUAGGG